CUGUGAACAUUAUGAUAAUAGUUUAAAUUUAAAUUUAAUUAUUUGUCCCUCUGACUUCGUGCCUUUGUCUGUUAAAUAUUAAAAAAUAGAAUGUCAUUUUUCAAUAUUUGUUCCUGGACGUGUGUAUUAGUGUGCAUUGCAUGUACAAGUGGGCGUAGUUUACACAGUACGAAUCCGCAGCCGAGAUCGUUGUUGGACGAAAAGAAUAAAGAUCACUGGAGAAUACAAGCACAAUGGACAUUACGUUCAAAGGUCUCAGUGCCUCUCAACACCAACGUUGCAAAGAAUGUUAUUUUCUUCCUUGGGGAUGGAAUGAGCAUCACAACACUAGCCGCCACGAGAGUGUAUCUUGGAAGGAAACAUGGUUAUUUGGGUGAAGAGGUCAAGUUGAGCUUCGAGACCUUCCCUUUUACAGGCUUGUCAAAGACGUAUUGCGUCGAUAAUAAUGUAGCUGAUUCAGCUUGCAGUGGAACAGCUUAUCUUACAGGAGUUAAAGCCAAUAGUGGUACAGUUGGCCUCAGUGGCGCUGUCAGACGUGGGGAUUGCGAAGGUCAAAGGGAUACAAUUAACUCAGUUACAGGACUCAUGGAUUGGGCACAACAAGCUGGCAAAUCUACAGGUAUAGUCACAACCACAAGAGUAACUCACGCGACUCCGGCUGCAGCCUACGCUCACUCAGCCGAUAGGAAAUGGGAGGCGGAUGUAGAUAUGCCGAGACAUGGCCUUCGCUGCGAGGACAUAGCUAGUCAGCUUGUGAGGGGUCGAGUGGGCAGCAGCAUUGACGUCGUGUUAGGAGGAGGUAGAAAAAAUUUCUACCCAACAACUGAGAAGGACGCUCAAGGUUAUUUCGGAAUAAGAAACGAUGGCAGAAACCUAAUAAGAGAAUGGCUUCUUAAAAAAGAGAGUCUUGGAUCAAGACCAAAAUACGUUUACAAUAAACAUGAUCUUCAAAAUAUAGACAGUACAUAUAAUAGCGUACUAGGUCUUUUCUCAUCUGACCAUAUGCCUUACCAUCUUGAAGCUGAGGAGGAUGAUCCGACUUUGAGUGAAAUGACCCAAAAAGCAAUAGAAAUUCUGUCACAGAAUACGAACGGCUAUUUCUUAUUUGUAGAAGGGGGAAGAAUAGAUACAGCUCAUCAUGAGACCAAAGCUCGUAAAGCCUUAGAUGAAACAGCGGAACUAGCGAAGGCUGUAGAAGCUGCGUUAAGACUUGUCGAUAUUGAAAAUACUCUGAUUGUGGUAACCUCAGAUCACAGCCACACAAUGACCUACAGUGGAUACAGCAAGCGAGGAACGGAUAUCCUGGGCCUGACGAAUACAAAGUAUAACGCGUCCGACAACUUACCCUAUAGCACGUUGAGUUACGCUAACGGACCCGGCUUUAAGCCUCACGAGGACUUCAAGAGACAUAAUCUUAUGCUGGAUGACAUGAAUAACUUGAAUUACACUUACCCAUCUCUUGUUCCACUACCCCGAGAGACGCAUGGUGGGGAGGACGUUGCGGUAUUCGCGAAGGGUCCAUGGUCACAUCUGUUUAGCGGAAACUAUGAACAAAAUUACAUACCACACGCCAUUGCUUAUGCGAGCUGUAUAGGUCCAGGACUUACUACUUGUAAAUUAUGAUAUUGUAAUUAUUUUAAUUUAAUUAAUUAUGAAAUUGAUAUUUCAAAUGGCUAUUAACUAAUAAGCUAGGUUAUGUUAUGUUAUGUAGAUAAAAUACGAUAUUAUUACAACGUCUGUAAAAAAAUUCACCUUUAUUUAACUUAGCUUAUGGAGUCAUGUGUUGAGUUUAAUGUGAAGGUUUAUGAAAAAUAUAAGGAAAGUUUUUUACCAUUCGGUAUAUUUGAGUCAUCGUAUAAGUGAUUCAUCAACUGGUUUUCACAUCACAGAUCAGUAGGGCAAUUCUGUAACAAUAAACUUGAAUAAUAACACCUCCGAAACCGAAUGUCAGAAUGUUAUGUGACACUGAUUAUAAUAAUUAAAAAAAUAUAUAGGAUAUGUACGUAUCAAAAUGGCGUAUCACUGUAAGUCGAUUUUCAAUAUUUAACGUGUGAGAUCCGAAGUGAGGUCUUAUAUAAUCGCACACAGUAGAAGUGUAAAUUUAUAAAUAUUGUCUCAGUGUAGAAAAUCAUUUUCUGAUAUUUCAUGCUUGCAUUGUGCGGUGAUAUUCGUGUUUCUUCAUAAAUGAUAACUCUAGAUAUAAUAUUUAAAGAAAAUAAUAUCGACGGUUCACGGGCUAUUUGUAUUAAGCGACAUUUUGGUAACUUAAAGGGAGAGCGUUUUAAAAUUUGAUUAUUCGGAAAAAAAA